AUGGAAAGAUACACCUUUGACGGCGCCCCAGAAGAGAUCAUCGCCAAUGUCACGGCGAUCCUUGCUUCCCAAGCUGCAUCCAAAGCGCCUCUGUUGAAGCUCGCAACGACAACACUGUUCUACAAGCUAGACAUCAGCGCCCACAACACAACUCUCGCUGUCAGCGACUCUGCAGAAUGGUGUCCGCGUGAAGUCACACAUUGGAACCUACUCUUUUGGAUGAUCGGAUUAGCAACCAACGCUCUGAGUCAACCGACUGGGCGCAUCCUAGGUCUUUGGUACCCUCAUCACGCUAUUCUUCGAGCAUCCCCCAUUCUGUACGCUGCCGACGCUAUCACUGUCAUCGUUCGCUGGGUGGGAGGCGUAGCCUCCUUCCGCGGCGUCCGAGGAUCCGCUUCAUACAUCCUGGCUAGCCGGUUCGUCGAUGAGCGAGGUCUGCCGCAUCUCGACGCUAUAGGAAGUGCGAAGCGCCAUGCGUGGAUCCGCCUGUGGAGCUUUCUCUCCGGCGUCACGCCUUUGUUCAUCAAGUUUUGGACAAAUCGUCGCCAUCUUCCGGCUCUUGCCCUGGCCUGUGGCACGAUGUUUGUCGUCCCGUGGGCUGUCUUCGAGCUCCUAGUUCUAGCAGCGGAUCCUGCAGAGAUGGCAAGACUCAGGAGAGACGCUUCGAAGGUCCUCGAUAAGCGUCAAGAGCAGGUCGAGGAUGACAAGGCCAACGGUAGAGAUCCCAGCUUCACGCCGCACCAGCUCAGGGCUGGCCUGCUCGUCAGCUACUUCCCGCAGACAAAGGCUUUGAGACUCGGCAGGGCCUGGGCCACGGUUGCCAUUGCCGCCCACUGUGCUCCGACUCCGUGGCUUUAUGACAGACUGUUCUUUGGGAGGAGGCAUCUAUCCGACGGAUGGAUGAUAUUGAUACGAGCUGAAGUCGUGCUACUGCAGAUACUGUUGAGUCUUCUUUACUUCUCGCCGAUCCUUGUCGACCAGUCCAUGUACUCUGCGACUCUCUCUGGCUCUGUCUCGAGGCACUUCCAUCUCGAACCGAUUCAGAGGAUCAUCAUGAACAGUCGAUCCUACCUACCGUCCAUGGCCAGCAUGGGCCCGGUCACCUUUUCCGUCGGACUUUUCGUCAUGAUGGACUUGUUGGAUCCAGGAGACCUGUACAUUGGGUUAACGUUCGGUUGCUCGUUCGGCACAAUCUUGGCGAGUGUGUUUAUAAAGUGGUUGUGGAACAAGGAUCUCGCCCCUUAUAUUCACAUCGGCUUUACCCUGCUGUUGUUGAUCCUAAGCCAUGAGUCCCAGGGGAGUUCUCAACCGAUCUGGCUCGAUUAUCUUGGAUAG